AUGAAAUCACUGCUUAUUCUCUUCCUACUCGGAUCUUGCUCGGCGAAUAUCCCCGAACGCGAGUGCGGCCGAGAUCUGAGCAAUCUAUGGCUUGACGUUGUUGCAGUGGUGGAUGAUUCAAAAGGAGUGACUCAAGGAGGACUUUAUAAUAUAAUUGGUACUUUGAACAGUGUGCUUCAAUUGUCCAAAAUCGGAACACGGAAGGAUAACCCUAGGACUACUCGGCUAGGACUUGUCUCGUAUAAUUAUAAUGAGACUAUUGAAGCCACCCUCAACGACUAUCAAUUUCUCGACACGAAUAAGAUGAUGGAUCAGCUGAAAAUCAGUUCGAAUAUUGGAUCGUAUCUUGUUACUGGGUUAUCUGGUGCUGAGCAGCUGUUCAAGCAGGACAAGGAGCACAGUCGUGAGCAUUACAGAAAAGUUGUCAUUGUAUUUGCAUCUACUUAUAAAGAUGAUGGAGCGAAUGAUCCGAAACCAGUUGCGGCGCGGUUUCUAUCAAGUGGUGGUAUUAUCAUAACUGUUGCCUAUUCGCAAAGCCAUGACACACAACUUUUGGAAAAACUCGGAGGAAUCGCAACGAAAGAGUUUAAUUUUACAAAUGACGAUCCGGGGUUGAUCGAAAAAAUUCAAGACUCUUUGUUGAAAGCAAACUGUUUCUGUCCGAACAGCUGGCACCAAUACCAGCCAAAAGGUACCUGCAUUCAACCAGUCACUUUGCCAGCUUCAUGGAGCAUUGCUCAAGCAUCAUGCCAUCAUAAGGGAAACAAUGGUCACUUGGUCAAUGAGUACAGCAGAGAAAAACACGAUUUUGUGAUGGCGAUUUUGAAGACUUAUAAGGAAUUCCAACCUACUUAUAAAUAUCAUAUCGGGCUCAAUGGAAACUGCUCACUUUGGAAAUGGGAUCAGGCUAGCGGAGAAGAACAAGUGCAACUACAGGGAUGGCAAAUUUGGGCUCCGGAUUUUCCGAGGUGCUCACCUAUGCUCGAGAUGCUCGAGGGGGUGACCUAUGUAACGGAUGGAUGGAUCAAUGUUCCAUCAAAUUUCUAUGCGAAUUAUGUCUGUGAAACAUCAACUUGUGACACUGAUAACUAUUGCGCAAGGGCUAAUGAUUUUUUGUUGAAUCGAGUUUAAUAAAGGACUUAUAAAAA